GGAUGAGAGAACAUGUCUCCUCUCUGUCCCUCGAUCUGCCCAGCGUCGCCCACCGCUACGCCACCCUCCUCGAACGCCUGGCUGCCGCUUCCGGACGGGCUACUCUGCUCCGUCGCCUCCGCGCCGUGCACUCUCACUUCCUCGCCUCUGGAUUUAGACCCCGAGCGCACAUCCUCAACCGCCUCAUCGACCUCUACUCCAAGUUCGGCGACCUUCCCUCCGCCCGCCGCCUCUUCGACGCCACCUCCUCCCGAAGAAGCGAUUCUAUCGCCGCCACCUCCCUCAUCACCGCCUACUCGGCCGAUGGCCUCCACGACGCCGCCCGCCAGAUUUUCGAGAGCACACCGUUGGCCUCUCGUGACACUGUUUUCUAUAACGCGAUGAUCACCGGCUACUCUCGCGCCUCCGACGGCCACGCGGCUAUUUCUGUCUACCGUCGUAUGAUGACCGAUGGCGUCCCCUGCGACAGCUAUACAUUCACGAGCGUUCUCAGUGCUGCAGCGGCUGUACUUCCUCUUGAGCUCACACAGUGCCGACAGAUCCAUUGCGCUGUGGAGAAGUCAGGAACUGGAAUAGCAAUCUCCGUAUCGAACGCUCUCAUCGCGCUGUAUACCAAGUGCGAGGCUGCGGAGGCUGCAGUGUACGCUCGGAAAGUGUUCGAUCUAAUGCUUGGCAGGGAUGAGCUGUCCUGGACCUCGAUGGUGGUUGGCUAUGUUAGGAGAGGUGACAUCAUUGAGGCUCGUCGGGUCUUUGAUGCAAUGGAGCAAAGAUUUGAUGUGGUAUGGAAUGCGAUGAUUUCAGGGUAUGUCCAUCACGGGCUUUUUGCUGAAGCCCUUGAGAUGUUUAGGAACAUGCACUCGAUAGGCAUCCCUAUGGAUGAAUUUUCUUACACUAGCGUCCUCAGUGCUUGUACAAAUGCAGGCCUCUUCGGGCACGGCAAGGCUGUUCAUGCCCACAUCAUCCGUUCAGGGCCAGAUUUUGAUCCAGAAUCUGCAUUGCCUGUUGAGAACAUGUUAGUCACUCUCUAUUCAAAAGAUGGAAAAGUCAAUGUUGCAAAAAGGAUCUUCAAUGACAUUCGGAAAAAGGACAUUGUUUCCUGGAAUGCCAUGUUGUCAGGGUAUCUGAACAAUGGGUGCGUUCGUGAUGCGGUUUAUAUGUUCAAGGAAAUGCCACAGAAGAAUCAAUUGACGUGGAUGGUCAUGAUCUCGGGCUACUUGCAUAAUGGUCUUGCAGAGGAAUGUUUAAAACUUUUCAGUCACAUGAUGGACAAGUGUGUCAAACCGUGCGACUAUACUUUUGCGGGAGCUAUUGCUGCUUGUGGCAAUUUAGGGGCACUUGAGCAUGGAAGGCAGCUCCAUGCUCAGCUGAUCCAAUAUGGCUACGAGUCGGGCAACUCAGCAGGAAAUGCAUUGUUGACAAUGUAUGCAAAAUGUGGUUCGAUGGAGGCAGCACAUCUAGCUUUUCUUUUGAUGCCGAAUGUUGAUUUUGUGUCUUGGAAUGCAAUGAUAGCAGCCCUUGGUCAGCAUGGGUAUGGAAGAGAAGCAAUUGAUCUCUUUGACCGGAUGAUUGACGAUGGCAUGAUGCCAGACCGGAUAUCUUUUCUCACAGUCCUGUCAGCCUGCAGCCAUUCAGGUUUAGUCGAGGAAGGAUUCCGAUAUUUUGAAUCCAUGGAACGCCAAUAUGGUAUUAGCCCAGGGGAAGAUCAUUAUGCCAGAUUGAUCGAUUUGCUUGGUCGAGCUGGUCGAAUUUCUGAAGCUUGGAAUGUCAUCCAAACAAUGCCUUCGGUACCUGGUCCAGCUAUUUGGGAGGCUGUUCUCUCUGGGUGCCGUAUUCAUGGUGAUAUGUCUCUUGGGAUACAUGCUGCAGAGCAGCUUUUGAAGGUGAUUCCGCAACAGGAUGGGACAUAUGUCCUCUUGUCUCAUAUCUACGCAGCUGUCGGCCAGUGGGCCGAAGUGGCUAAAGUAAGAAAACUGAUGAAGGAUAGAGGAGUAAAAAAGGAACCUGGAUGCAGCUGGAUUGAAGUUGCCAAUAAGGUUCAUGUGUUCCUUGUGAAUGAUACAACACAUCCUGAUGGACAACAUGUUUACAAGUUCCUUGAGAUUCUAAGUGUCAAGAUGCGAAAACUGGGUUACGUGCCAGAUACCAAGUUUGUGUUGCAUGACGUUGAGACUGAGCAAAAAGAGUAUGUCUUGUCUACCCAUAGUGAGAAAUUGGCCGUUGCAUAUGGCCUUCUAAAGUUACCAACUGAAGCUCCAGUAAGAGUUCUUAAGAAUCUAAGAAUCUGUGGAGAUUGCCAUUCUGCAAUCAUGUUCAUGUCAAUCGCAGUUGGUAGAGAGAUUGUUGUCAGAGAUGGUAAGCGGUUUCAUCAUUUCAAGGAUGGUCAGUGUUCUUGUGGGAAUUAUUGGUGAUGCUUGCAUCUCAUCCAGACCCUUGACUCUUAUUAUGCCAUUGCUGCUUUGCAUCCAAUGGAGUUUUUUCUUGGCUAAUCAAGUUCAAUUUAUUUUAACCCCUCGAAGAGCCUAAAUCUGGCAUAGCAUGGAUUUAGAUUUUGGACUUGUAUAUUUUGGACGAGGCCAAGGUCUAUCCAUGAAUUAAAAGAGUUUGAAAUAUAAGAAUUAUUUUACAUGCGAAAACAAGGUCGCAUGGAUUGACCUUCCCUAGACCUUCCACCAUGUUUCAACAAGAAGUAAAAGGACUAGCCACAAGCCACAGGAUAGCACUUGCAAGCGAACAUGACGCCUAGAACUUGAAGUCUUCAGUGCAUUGCUCUCUAGCACCACCAUUUCAUUCAGUGUAUUGGUCUUCUGCUGUUCUGCAUUGGUUUAGCAUUCAAUUAGCAUGGUGCUUAAAAUACUUGGCAGGCCAUCAACAGGCGUGGUGCCUUUCGUGUUGGUGGUUUAGGAUUUCACAAACUUAUUGCUCAAAAAUGAAGUGCUCUCUUUUCAAGUAUCAGUUGCCGUCUUGAAAUUGUGGAAACUCAUCUCGCCGAAGGCAACCUCGACUCUGCUUCACUUUGUCUUGGUUCAUAGAACCUCCAUUGACAGCGAAGUUAUGUUGAUGUUGCGGCAUUCACUCCCUCUGGCACUGCUAAACUUCUGCCUUGUUCU